GGUUAAUUUCUCGGAUGAAGAUAUGAUGUUAGCUUCGAGUUAUCGGAAGAAGCGAGCGGGGCGGAAGAAAUUUCGCGAGACUCGGCAUCCGGUGUACCGUGGAGUCCGCCGAAAGAACUCCGGGGAGUGGGUUUGUGAAGUGAGGGAGCCUAAUAAGAAGUCGAGGAUUUGGCUGGGCACAUUUCCAACGUCGGAGAUGGCUGCGCGUGUCCACGACGUGGCUGCCAUAGCUCUGAGAGGAAGGUCGGCUUGCCUGAACUUCACCGGCUCAGCUCGAAGGCUUCCGGUUACUGCUUCUACCGAUCCAAAGGAUAUCCAGAAGGCGACGGCAGAGGUGUUUCGAUCGACUGAGCAGUGGGAUGAGAACUCCGGAGAUAAUGGGCUAUUUGACAUAACUGACACCAAUUUUCUUUAA